CUGUUCGUGUAGGUAGUCACUCAGUAGUGUCAUGGAGGUAACAUGGCCGAGGAGACGCGCCUAGUUCGCGUUGAAGAGAGGCUAAGGAUUAAAAUCGGAGAAGCAAAAAAUCUUCAAAGUCGAAGUCAUGGAUCUCCAAGUACAAGGGAUGUUUAUUGCACUCUAUCGCUGGAUCAGGAGGAAAUAUUCAGAACGACGACUAUGGAAAGAACUCUCAACCCAUUUUUCGGAGAGGAGUUUCAGUUUGAAGUGCCUAGAAAAUUUCGUUACCUUGGCAUUUAUGUAUAUGAUCGAGAUAGACAUUUAAAGCAAGAUAAGAUUUUGGGCAAGGUUGCAAUAAAAAGAGAGGAUUUAGCAACAUAUCAUAAUAAAGAGCAUUGGUUUCCUUUGAAACCAGUCAAUGCUGACUCUGAGGUCCAAGGCAAGGUUCAUCUGGAACUUGCUUUGCAGCCUCAGGUUGAACAUGCUCAGCCUAAACUUACAGUAAGGAUAAUAGAAUGUAGCGAAUUAACUAUUAAAAAUGGUAGCUGUGAUCCCUUUGCAACUGUUACAGUCAUCUACAGUAAUGGUAAACAAAUAUCAAAACGCACAAAAGUUAGGAAAAAAACAGCGUCUCCAUAUUUUAAUGAAACUUUUGUAUUUGAGCCAGAGUUAAUGGAAAUCAAGGAUAAAGAUGUUUCUCAUUAUUCUAUGGAAGGAGCUGAAGUUGGAGAAGUAGUUGUUAGUUUGUGGCAUGCAUCUCCUGGUAUGGGUGAACAAUCGGUAUUUCUCGGUGAAAUUCGAGUCACGCUGAAAGGAUUACAGAAGCAACCAACUAGUACAUCAACUGCGUGGUAUUUUUUACAACCCAGAGCAGCGAAACAUCGUCCGUGUAAGAUUUCAAAUAACUCGACGUCACCUGGUACAAUACCAAGUUUGGGCUCGUUACGUUUGAAAAUUCAUUACACGGCCGAUCAUGUAUUUCCAUCUGAAAUGUAUGACAAACUUAGGAGUCUAUUAUUGCAAAGCGUCAAAGUACAGCCGAUAACAUCAUCGGCCGUUUAUAUAUUGGGCGAAAUUGUAGCUAGUAAAAUGGAAGCUGCGCAACCAUUAGUCAGAGUAUUGGUGCAUCAUGGACAACUAGUGUCUGUAAUGCGAGCACUUGCUAGUCAUGAGAUUUCUAAAUUGACUGACCCAACGACAAUUUUUCGCGGUAAUACAUUAGUGAGCAAGAUGAUGGACGAGGGCAUGAGAUUAGCAGGUCUUCAUUACCUGCAUAGUACUCUUAGACCUGCAAUGGAGCAAGUUUUCCUUGACAAAAAACAAUGCGAAAUAGAUCCAACUCGAGUUAAGGACAGCAAUACUAUACAGACCAAUUUAGAGAACUUGAAGGAAUAUGUUGAAAGAAUAUUUACGGCUAUAACAACAUCAGGAGUGAGAUGUCCACCUUUGAUGUGCGAAAUGUUCUGGUGUUUAAGAGAACUCGCCGCAACACAUUUUCCAAAAAACAAAGAAGUGAGAUACUCGGUGAUCAGUGGAUUUAUCUUUUUACGAUUUUUCGCUCCUGCAAUAUUAGGUCCAAGAUUAUUUGAUAUCACUACCGAACAAAUUGAUUCACAGACUAAUAGGACAUUAACAUUAAUAUCCAAAACGAUUCAAAGUCUGGGAAAUCUGGUGUCUUGCAGAGGUGGUGCAGGCAGUGUUUGCAAAGAGGAAUAUAUGGAAUGUGUAUAUAGGGAGUUUUACACAGAUAGACAUAUUCAAGCAGUCAAGCAAUUUCUGGAGCUAAUAUCGACUAGUAGUAAUUCUAGUAGUUUUACAAAACAGCGUUCGACAAUGUUGCAAGAACAACCAGUAGUACUAAAAGAAGGAAUAUACUUUCUCGUUAUGCAUACAAUUGAUUGUAAUAAGAGAAUAAUGAUUAAACGGGCACAAGGCAGAAAACGAUUUGGUCGUAAGAAUUUUAAACAGAGAUAUUUUAGACUUACUACACAAGAUUUGACAUAUUCUAAAACGAAAGGUAAAGAACCUUUGUGUAAGAUACCGUUAGAAGAAAUUUUAGCAGUGGAGAGACUUCACGAAGACUCCUUUAAAAUGAAAAACAUGUUUCAAAUUAUCCAACCACAGAGAGCAUUGUAUGUGCAAGCCGGUAAUUGCGUUGAAGAAAAAGAAUGGAUUGACAUACUUACAAAAAUAUGUCAAACAAACAGCAAUCGUUUAGAAAAAUAUCAUCCAAGUGCAUACAUUAAUGGUCAUUGGCUUUGUUGUCGGGCAGUUGCAGAAGUUGCACCAGGAUGUAGUGAAGUAUCGCCAGGUGUAGAGGCUGGAUUGCGAAUGGUCCUAGAUCCAGAUCGUGAUUUGCAGAGGAUACAUUCGUUAAUUUUUACAAACAUGCCACGCCUCGAAACAUUAAUGAAUGCAUGCGAAUGCCAAGCAGUUUAUGGUGCUAGUGAUAUAUGUGUUAUACCAGACGGAGGAUCACCUAUAGAAGAUGUACCUUCUUGUUUCAAGACUUUAAACGCCCUUAGAGAGGCUGCGUAUGCACUGCAACGUGAACAUAGAGCCUAUUUUAGAAGACUGGCACGUGACACCAAAUACGGCAGCAAACAAGCUCCCAUUGGUGAUGACAACUACCUCCACUUAGCUAGUAGAGCAGGAUUUGAUAAUCAAUUAACGAAGCGGACGUACGAAUUGGACAGCGUAAAUCAACGAUGCAUAGAGAUGGAACAUUAUGACACUGCGUUCUCUAGGAAGAUUGUUGAGAAUCAAAGAUACGACGACACUUUUAGAAAGUGUUUCGAUUCAGAUUCCAUUAAUCGUAGAUACGAGAAUGAGAGCAACUUAAUGCGAAGGUACGAGAACAGCAACGAUACUAUCAAAAGUAUUCAAAAUGAUCUCAGAAAAUUUGAUCAUAGUUUAAACAAUACAUUAAGAUCUGACAAAUCGGAGAGGAACGGUAAUGAAAAUAUAGAAAAUCAUAAAAGCGCCAGUCUACUAAUGACGGAUAGUAUUAAUCUGUCGGGUACAUUAUCGCGAAGAUUAGGCAAUUAUGACAACACUAGGAUGUUAGAUGAGUGUACAUUGACGAGACGAUUAAAGCAUGAUGCCUCUGACAUAUCUUGUGACUCGAUGAGUGAGCGUGGCAAUCAUUAAUUUAUCUAUUAUGUACAAAUGUAAGAAUUAGCGCGUUACUAUAAACUUAAAAAAAAGAAAAAUCUGACAGAUACAAAAGA